AUGGUAGCUGGGAUGUUCGGAGAUGUGAAGACGGACGACCUUGUUGGUGACAAGGAGUCGUCUUUAUGGAACGGUUAUUGGCGUUGGGUAACAUUUUGCGGUGAAAAUUCAACAUCAACAAAUAUAGCAGCAGACAAGGUCCGAGUCAUGUUCAUGUUGAGUCGAGCUGAUGCCGAGAGACUAAAGCAUUUGGUCACAGCAGCCGAUGAUAAACAACAAUGUCACAUCUCAACGUUUGUAGUCGGAUGUGCCUUGAUAUGGGUUUGCUUGAUUAAAUCACGUCCAUUAGACUGCCGGAAUCGUUUCAGAUUUUCGGUAUCGAUGACAUACCUUUGGAAUUGUUUGAUAGCAGGCUGUGUUAUUAUACAGAAAAGCGAGGCAAUAGGAGACAAUGGGAUCAUUUUGGCUGCCAAGGCUUUGGGAAAAAGAAUUAAAGCAAUAGAAAAAGAUUGGACAGACAAUGGGGCAUGGAGUAUCGCAGAAGGGUCGAAAACGGGGUGUCCGUGUCUUACCGGUGUCGCCGAAUCACCUAACCUCCGAGUGUAUGAAACGGAUUCCGGUGGGGAAGGGCUUGCAAGGUUGAGCUGA